GAUUCCAAAGAACUGUUGCUAUUGCAGAUUCUAACUACAACUGGUUUUAUGGUCCGGAAAGCCAGUUGGUUUUCCUAGAUAAAUUUGUUAUGCGCAAUGGCAGUGGAAACUGGUUGGCUGAUCAGAUUCGAAGGAACAGAAUACUUGAAGGCCCAGGGACACCUUCCAAAGGACAGCGUUGGUGCACACUUCACACAGAAUUUCUCUGGUAUGAUUCAAGCCUGGGAUUUGUCCCUCCACCAGAUUAUGGUAUUCCCAAACUUCAUUAUUUCGAGGAUUGGGGAGUUGUAACAUAUGGAAGUGCUCUGCCAGCCGAAAUCAACAGCCCCUUUCUCUCCUUCAAAUCAGGAAAGCUGGGAGGACGUGCAAUCUAUGACAUGGUUCACCAGAACAAGUACAAAGAAUGGAUCAAAGGUUGGAGGAACUUCAAUGCUGGGCAUGAGCAUCCAGAUCAGAACUCAUUUACUUUUGCCCCCAAUGGUGUACCUUUCAUAACAGAAGCUCUGUAUGGACCAAAAUACACGUUUUUAAAUAAUGUGCUUAUGUUUUCUCCAGCUGUAUCAAAGAGUUGUUUUUAUCCCUGGGAAGGACAAGUUACUGAAGAUUGCUCAUCAAAGUGGUUGAAAUAUAAACACGAUCUGGCUGCAGAUUGCCAAGGGAAAGUAAUUGCUGCUAUAGAAAAAAAUGAGAUCAUCUUUAUCAGAGGAGAAGGAGUAGGUGCCUACCACCCUAAACUAAAGUUAAAAAGUGUACAGAGAAACCUAUUACUUCUUCAUCCCCAGCUUCUCUUGCUAGUGGAUCAAAUAUGUCUUCAAGAUGACAGUCCUGCCAAAGUAGCAGCUAGUUUCUUCCACAAUGUUGAUGUGCCUUUUGAAGACACAGUUAUUGAUAAUGUCCACGGAGCCUUCAUUCGGCAACAGGAUGGGAUCUACAAGAUGUACUGGAUGGAUGAUACUGGAUAUAGUCAAAAAGCUACCAUUGCAUCAAGAAUGUAUCCCAGAGGUUAUCCUUACAACGGGACAAACUACGUGAAUGUCACUACUCAUCUGCAUAGCCCAAUCACUAGAGUUGUAUACCUCUUCAUUGGACCCUCCAUAGACGUCCAGAGUUUCAGCGUCCAUGGGAAUGCUCAGCAGCUGGAUAUUUUUGUCACCACCAGUGAGCAUGCUUAUGCCAUCUAUCUGUGGGCUGAUGACAAUAAAAGCCACUCUGUCUUUGCACAAGUUAUUGCAGACCAUCAAAAAGUUGUGUUUGAGCGAGCUUCUGCAAUUAGGAACUCCCCGGUUUCGGCAGUAAAAGACAAUAUUGAGAUAGUAGAGAAAAACCUUCAGCAUUUCAAGCCUGUGUUCCAGCUAUUAGAGAAGCAGAUCCUUUCACGUGUGCGGAACACAGAUAGCUUCAGAAAGACAGCUGAACGCCUACUCCGCUUUUCAGAUAAAAGGCAGACAGAAGAAGUCAUUGACAGAAUAUUUGCAAUUUCUCAGCAGCAACAAGGCAGAGCAAAAAAGAACAAAAAAGUGGCUAAAGGCUACAAAUUUGUAGAUGCCGGCCCGGAUAUAUUUGCACAAAUCGAAGUCAAUGAAAGAAAAAUUCGGCAAAAAGCACAAAGCUUAGCCCAAAAAGAAUUGCCUGUGGAUGAAGAAGAAGAAAUGAAAGAUCUUCUGGAUUUUGGAGAUAUUACCUACGCGAAAGAGAGAAACAAUGUGCCAAUCAAAGUUCAUCCUGGUCUGUCCCAAAUAUUUUCCACUGCUCGAAGCAGUGCUCCUUUGGUGUCAGCAUCUUACACACGUCUUUUCCUCAUUUUGAAUAUUGUCAUUUUCUUUGUUAUGCUAGCAAUGCAACUCACCUGGUUCCAGAAAGCCAAGAGCUUACAUGGGCAAAGAUGCCUUUAUGCAAUCUUGUUAAUCGACAGCUGUAUAUUACUCUGGCUAUAUUCUUCUUGUUCCCAAUCACAAUGCUAGCAAAAAAAAAGACUAUAAAUGCUAUUUGACCAUUCUAUGGUUAGGUAUGUUUAUGCAAAGGUGCAGAAUAUAUUUUCUUUUUUGAAUGUAUUCCAGGAAAUAUCUAUGGAAUAAUUGUUCUCUGUUAAUCAGAGAAGAUGAAAUUAAUGGGCAUUGAGACAUUUGACACAUUUCUCAGAUUACCACCAACAUACGGGUCAAGUCUGUACUAUAAAUGAAUGUCAUGUGCUUUUAUUCUGAAUUCAAUAUGUGCAUUUAAUUUUCUGCUCCAAAAGCAAUUCUCCUUGUCACUGAGUUGAGUUAUUAUUUUUAACCGUAUGCAACUGGGAUGAUUUAAUCAAAAUCUACUGGUUGUUAUUUUUAUGGAUAAUCCUCAGAUAAUAGUCCUCAGUGAUAUAGAUUCCUUUUCACCGUUUUUGCCUGAUUUAAAGUACUGUGCUAUUACAAUGAGCAUUAUUUUUUUAAAAAUGUGGAUAUCAUUUCUUUCCAGUUAGCCU